AUGGCUCUCCGAUGGACCUCAAUGAUUGCCUUUCGAUCAAAAGGCUUGACCCAAAGCGGUGUUAGAGUACCAAGCUCCUAUUUGACAGCCCUCAUUCGAACCUUCGCGUCUACAAGCUGCUAUGCCGUCGGCCGAAAAUCACUAUCUGACGAGGAACGCCAAAGAAAAUACGAGGAAGUGAAGACACGAUGGCGCCUUCGAUACCAAUCAGACCCUGACUUUCGCGAGAAACAAAAGCAAAGGGUCAAGGACAGAAAUGCUAAAUUCAAAAACCAAACCCAACUGUCUGAGGAGGAUCGCCGAAAGUACGAAGAAAGGAAAGCACGCGCGUAUGAGAAAUGGCGCUUUAGAUACCACUCGGAUCCUGAAUUUCGCGAGAAACACAAGCAAAGGAUGCGAAACAUAUGCGCUACACCCGAGUACCGCAAGAGAUGGAGAGAAAGAUACGGCAAUGAUCCUCAAUUUCGUGAGAAGAACCUACGAAGAUAUAGAGAGAGAUACGCCAAUGAUCCUCAAUUCCGUGAACAACAGCGUCGUAAAGCCGCAAAGCAAUGGUUGGAGCCCGAAUCAGCAUUUGAACAAGAUCCUGAGGCAUAUCGACUCAAAAAGCACCAGAACGCCGAGCGUGCCAGGGAAAUGUACCGUGAAAGAGUCGAAUAUCGAUGGAUAAAGCUCUUGAGGAAUCGAUUAAGGUUUACACCACGCUAUUGCGAUGAGGUUGUUUGGGCUUUACAUAAACCCGUGCUCUAUCCAGCGAAAACAAAUCAUACUUGUGCCACUUGUGGCCAUGCAAGGUACGGUGGUUUGAAGUUAUGGUGGCAACUUAAGAACGAACCCGAAAAACACGACUGUUUUGGACCCCUACCCGAUCGAGGCCCAGUAGAGCGGCGUCCAGAUCACAACAAGAAGGGGGACGAGACAAGCAGCACGGGAGCAGCACCGUGA